AUGGCGAAGCCCGGGGCUUCCGACCCCGAGAAGGAUGAGAAGCCGAUCAAGACACUGUCGGAGGAGGACGUCAGGAUCAUGCAGACGUAUGGGGCCGGGCCAUACUCCCAUCGCAUCAAGAAGCUGGAGAUCGAGCUCAGGGAGAUUGCAAAACGCGUGAAUGAGGUGUCUGGCAUCAAGGAGUCGGACACGGGCCUGGCGCACCCCUCUCGCUGGGACCUUGUCAGUGAUAAGCAGGCGCUGCAGGAGGAGCAGCCCCUCCAAGUGGCUCGCUGCACCAAGAUCAUCAAUCCCAACACAGACAACGCCAAGUACAUGAUCAACAUCAAGCAGAUUGCCAAGUUUGUCGUGGGCCUGGGCGACCGUGUGGCGCCCACCGACAUAGAGGAGGGCAUGCGUGUCGGCGACAUCGGCGGCUGCAAGGAGCAAAUCGACCGCAUGCGGGAGGUGGUGGAGAUCCCCAUGCUCCACCCCGAGAAGUUUGUGGCACUCGGGAUCGACCCGCCCAAGGGCGUGCUCUGCUAUGGGCCCCCUGGCACAGGCAAGACGCUGCUGGCUCGGGCGGUGGCCAACCGCACCGACGCCUGCUUCAUCCGAGUCAUCGGGUCCGAGCUGGUGCAGAAGUACGUCGGCGAGGGCGCCCGCAUGGUGCGCGAGCUGUUCCAGAUGGCGCGCAGCAAGAAGGCGUGCAUCAUCUUCUUCGACGAGGUGGACGCCAUCGGCGGCGCGCGCUUUGAGGACGGCGCAGGCGGCGACAACGAGGUCCAGCGGACCAUGCUGGAGAUCGUCAACCAGCUGGACGGCUUCGACGCGCGGGGGAACAUCAAGGUGCUCAUGGCCACCAACAGGCCCGACACCCUGGACCCGGCCCUGCUGCGACCUGGGCGCCUGGACCGCAAGGUGGAGUUUGGCCUGCCGGACCUGGAGUCCCGCAGCCAGAUCUUCCGCAUCCACACCCGUGCCAUGAGCGUCGAGCGCGACAUCCGGUGGGAGCUGCUGGCGCGGCUGUGCCCCAACUCCACGGGCGCCGACAUUCGCUCCGUCUGCACAGAGGCGGGGAUGUAUGCCAUCCGCUCGCGGCGCAAGACGGUGACGGAGAAGGACUUCCUGGACGCCGUGAACAAGGUCAUCAAGGGCUACCAGAAGUUCUCGGCCACGCCCUCCUACAUGGUCUACAACUGA